GUUCCCACUCCCUGAGGUAUUACUCUACUGUCAUAUCCCUACCCGGCCUUGGGGUGCCCCAUAUCAUCGCCUUGGGCUACAUGGAGGUUCGGGAGGUUCCACAGCGACUCUCUGGCUCAGAGCGUGGAGCUGCUGACCCUCUGGGCCGGGCAGUGGUUCAGGCGCUGCUGCGGGACCUGCGCGGCCUCUAAAACCAGAGCGAGGACGGGUCUCACACCCUCCAGAGGAUGUGUGGCUGCGAGGUGGGGCCAGACGGGCGCCUCCUCCGCGGGUACGAGCAGUUCGCCUACGAUGGCGCCGAUCACAUCGCCCUGAACCCGGACCUGCGCUCCUGGACCCCCGCGGACCCGGUGGCCCAGAUCACCCAGCGCCAGUGGGAGGCGUCGGGGAGGGCCAAGCGUGUCAGGAACGUUCUGCAGGGCAGGUGCCUGAGGUGGCUCCCCAGACUGUUGGAGUUGGGGAAGGGGGUCCUGCAGCGCACAGUUCUCCCAAACACACACAUAACCCACCAUCCCACCUCUGACCAGAAUGUCACCCUGAAAUGCUGGGCCCUGGGCUUCUACCUUGCGGAGAUCACCCUGACCUGGCAGAGAGAUGGGGAGAACCUGACCCGUCAUGAAGAUGUGGACACCAGGCCUGGUGGAGAUGGAACCUUCCAGGAAUGGGCUGCUCUAGUGGUGCUUUCCGGAGAGGAACAGAGAUAUAUGUGUCAUGUGCAGCAUGAGGGGCUGCUGGAUCCCCAAGUCCUGAGAUGGGAGCCCCCUCCUCAAUCCUCCAUCCCCUCUGGCCUGGUUCUCCUUGGACCUGGGCUCACUGGGGCUGCAGUGGCUGCAGCUGUGAUGUGGAGGAAGAAGCGCUCAGGUGGGAAAGGAGGAAUCUACACUCAGGCUACAGGCAGCAACAGUGUCCAGGGCUCUGAUGAGUCUCUUAGCCCCUGA